CAUAAAUAUUUUUCCACAAUUUAUAUUCAUUAUGUAUUAUAUUUUACGACCACGUUUUAUCGCCAGUUCACUUAGAAAUUUAAGAAAUGCCAGAUUCCUAUCGCACUUUGGCAAAGUUGUGCCUGUCGAGUUCACAGCCGCUCAUCCCGUCUCGUUUGAUCUUGAAAAAGUAUCGCAAUUCCUGAUUCCGAAGCCAGAUAACUUUAAUACUUUAUUUUAUAAAAUAAGGGCGGCGUUCAGGGAUCCAAUGAGGAAAAUUCACCCUUUCAUGGUCAUUGUCUACACAAGAUCGGAAUCUCCAGAAUAUUACGAACAUUUCGGACUGAAUUUUGAUAACCUAACUAUCAGGAUCAUGUUCACAAUCCUCCACGUGUGGUUCAUACACCGAGGAUUCCACAAACAGCGUCUGGAUUCCAGAAAACUUCUGAUCUGGGAAUAUUUAUAUGUCAGAUUUAGGGAUAUAUUGGUCGACAUUGAGACCCCGGAACACAAUUUUGAGCGAUACCUGGAGGAUAUGCAAGGUAAAACUCUGGGUUUCUGCCUAGCAAUAGAUGAAUCGUUUGAUUUAUAUUUCGAGAAGAACGACCACACUAUCCUCAAGAAGGUUAUGACACUGUACUUUUACAACAAUGAUCGAACCAUGUGGGACUCUGAAAAUGUUGAAAAGUUGUCCUUUUAUACAAUCAUGAUGGAAUCGUUUGUUAAUAAGCUGCCUAAAGAUGAGCUCAAACACGCCUUGUUUGUCUGGCCUGAGUUCAACUUUAACACCAAGAGGUAA